AGCCCCUUCACUCUCGGCCUAACCUAACCACCUCGCCCAACCUUAGCCCCACAACCCCAGACCCCAAUCCCAACAAAAAAACAAAAAAAAACCAAAAAAAAAAAAACAAAAAAGAAAAUCAAACCCAGGCUCUCUCUCUCUCUCUCUCUCCCUCUCCCUCCCUCUUUUACUCUAAAAAUUUGUCUAAUGGCCUCCUCCGAGCAAGACGACACCGUUUUCCCCGAAGAAGACCUCGACGAUGACGACGACGAAUUAUCCGAAGACGACGACGAGGACGAGGACGAAAUCGAAAUCGAAAACGAUGACGUCAUCAACUCCGCCUCCCCAUCCACCUCAUCGCCCGCCGCCGACGCUGUGACCGUCGCCGUACCGGCUUCCUCGGUCCCCAACGGCGGCCUGGCGAUUUCCACGUCGGCAAUCGCCACCACCAUGGCGAUCGUCACGUCCUCCUCUACGCCUUCCCCUAUACGACACCGUAUCGAGGCCGAGGAGAAAAAGCCCCAGCCCCAGCCCAUCGACGACUCGCGCAGGCUGUUCCAGCGGCUUUGGACCGACGAGGACGAGAUCGAGCUCCUCCAGGGAUUCCUCGACUACACGACGUCGCGGGGCUCCACGCACCACAACGACACCGCUUUGUUCUACGACCAGAUCAAGUCCAAGCUCCAGCUCGACUUCAACAAGAACCAGCUCGUCGAGAAGCUUCGCCGUUUGAAGAAGAAGUACCGCAACGUCCUUGGUAAGAUCACCGCCGGAAAGGACUUCUCCUUCAAGAGCCCCCACGACCAGGCCACCUUCGAAAUCUCCCGCAAGAUCUGGAGCAACGCCGAGAACGCAACCGGCCGCCUCGCUGUCGACGAUUCUGUCUUCGACGACGAAGAUCCCAACCUCAAAAACCCUAACUUCACCGACGAAAUAGUCGAGAAGAAGCCGAAUUUGACCCCAAAGUCGCGCAAGCGGCCCCGAACAGCGACUCGCAGCGAAGAGAAGCGAAUUCCGUCGCAAACAGAUAACAAAACUAACGGCAAUGACAAUACUAACGCUAGCAAUUUGGGGGGUAUGAUUGAAGAGACGGUGAGGAGCUGCUUGUCGCCGCUGUUCAAGGAGCUGCUGAGCAAUGCGAUGGGGGUUGGGGGAAGAGGAAUCGGAAUUGGGUUCGGGGGAUUGGGAAUGAACGCGAUGGCGAUGAACGCGAUGCCGUUGAGUUUCGGCGGAGGGGAAGGAUCGGCGACGGACGAGCGGUGGAGGAAGCAGCAGAUACUGGAGCUGGAGGUGUACGCCAAGCGGUUGGAGUUGGUGCAGGAUCAGAUUCGGGCGGCCUUGGAGGAGUUGCGGUCCACGGGACGGUGAUUGGUUGAUUCUAAUCUAUGGGGGCGUUGUAGUAAGUGGGCUGGUUUUUUUUUUUUUUUUUUCAUAUCAUAUUCGAUGAAUAUUUAUUUGGUGUUUAUUGAUAGCGUAGAGGGUAAUUGCUUUUUGGGGUUUAUACUUUCUGUUUAUUUCGACACAGAACUCGUUCAAUAAUCGUAUCUAAUUGUUUAGUGUUUGGUAGUU